AGAAAGAAAAGGAGAAAUUAGUAGUCAUAUCCUUAUAUAUAACUGUGUAAUCAGACAAAAUAAUGUACAAGUCUAUCUUGUCGGGUCGUCAGAUCACUACUGCAAUAAUUCUUGCAGUCCUCUCAAUACAGUGGUGCUCCAGCUAUGCGAGCCCUGCAGCAGCAGCAACUACUCAAGAGGGUGCCCUAUCUGAUCCAACGUGGAGGGUGAGGAGAAAGGUUGGAAAAUAUGCUGGACCAGGUCCCCUGGAAUACAUGAAGCAGCUCCGCGAGAGUCUUUCUACAUCAGAGGGGAGCCCAAACGACAUUGAACAUAUUCCUACCUCAGUUUUGUGUUUGAUGGACCAAGAUGUCAUCAAUAAUGUUCAUCACAAAAAGACUCCAAACAGAAAUUGCAAGCUAGAGCAGUCCUUCCUCUUCAACAUCACCCAGCUCACCAGCUACAACGAUACAUACUUACCCCUCUCAGAAGCAUUCCUCAGAACAUACUUGCAGCCGAUCAAGCAAAACCUACAAAGGCGGAAUGCAAAUGAGGUCAAGGUUGAAGUGAGUAUAUACACAAAGAUCGUAAACUCCGAUAAUGGUAGCAGUUGCUCUGGAGCUGCCCUCGCUCUCAGAGAAGAAAUGACGAUAUAUGCUGAUGAGGAGGACCAGUGGACAGAGUGGAACAUCACCGAUGGAGUCAAAGAAUGCUGGGAAAACAAGAUGGAGGAUGGAGACACUCUAGAGGCAAUAGUACAGUUCAGAUUAAAAGAUGAAAGCUGCAAACCCGGACACAAGAAAGUACCUCUUAGAAUAGUUGAUCCUGCAAUUAUCCCGACUACCAACAAAAUUCGCCGACAGAGACAUUGGGAUCUCCAACCAGUCAUGAUUCUCUACCUUGAUGACAGCAAUGAGAGAGAGAAGCUCAAAUCCUCUCUUGGUGAAGACAAUGACAUCAACAAUAAUAUAGUCGACCUGACAAUUGGUAGUGGUGGUGGUGACAAUGAGGAUCAGGGCAGAGGUAAAAGAAGCAGCAAUGACGAGAAUGCAUGCAAAAUUCACAAUCUGACAGUCUAUUUUCAACAAAUUCAGCUAAACCAUAUAGCCAUUCCACAGUCUUAUGAGGCCGGGCAGUGCAGCGGUGACUGCUCUAUUGCAGUCCAACACCACAACACCUUUACCAAUCAUGGCAAAAUAUUAGCAUCAAUGUACUACUCCUAUAACAAAGAUAGGGAUAAUUAUCAGGGGACGAUCCCUGUAGCCCCUUGCUGCGUUGCUUCUGAAUACAAUCCACUUACAGUAUUAGAAUGGGCAACACAGACAACCAUAAUCAUGAAACCAUAUCCAAGAAUGAUUGUUAAGAAAUGCGAAUGCAGAGCAUAGAAACUUCUAUCCUUAUUAUUAUUAUUAUUAUUUCGUUAUUUGGCAUUAUUAUAUAUAUUAUAUUAUUGGUUCUGGAAACUAUGCUCCUUAUUAUGGUUGUAAAUACGAUUACUUUAUUACUAUUAUUAUUAUUAUAUGAUUCUACUGCAUUUCAAACUUUUUUGCUAAAAUAAAUAUAAUUCUUUCAAUGUAA